GGCGUAGCUGAGCUUGACAUCAUACAUGCCAGCUCAACGCCUAACCGUCCAAUGUCCUGCAAAGUGCUGAAGAAGCUCUUGUCCCAAUUGGCCGUCUCCCGGGGCAACCAUCGGGCGUGUUUGCUUGAAGUGGAGUUCACACUCACUAAAUCUGACUAGUGAGGAUCUCGGCACGAUCAAGAAGGACGUGUUGUCGAACUAAUUUAUCACUCGAAGAAGCUAUUUAUCACCAAUAAUUGAAUUAAAUUAAGGUACCUGGGCGUCUGGUCUAGCCAAAUCUUGUUCUAUUUUUUUCUCGUUCCCUCUCCUCAUAUAGAUAAGUCGCGAUAUCGCAUCCUGUCGCCGAAAGGAGUUAAAAGUCUUUGCUUCCGCGCUUUUACUUUGUGUUCCUUCGUCAUCCGCCAUCCACUGAAAAUUAUUCGAUCGCAUUACGUACUCAUGGAGACUUUGUUGGCACAUUCGUUCGAUUACCUUUCUUCUUACGAGCCAAGCAAGGUCCGCAAAGGGUUGCGCCAAGUUGAGGGUCUUCUCGCGCAAAUUUGCUUGUCCAAGUCGAAACAGCCGGUGUCUGACAAACGGAGGUCAUUACUAUCCUUUGGAGCUCCACAACCAGUUCCCAAGGCUCUAUCUGAGCUCAAAGAUGACCCCGCAUUCAGAGAGUUUUUCAAGCUCCAGGAGGGCUUUCAAUGGAAUGUCGCAAUGCGUUUGGUAACUUGCCUCGAGCAUCUCCUUGGUCGAGGAAGCAAUGGCACAAACGACCUUCUCAUACUCUCGACACUGGACCUAAUACAGGGCGUGCUUCUUCUUCACCCGCCGUCGCGGACGCUUUUUGCGCGCGAAAUAUACAUGAAUCUACUGCUGGAUCUUCUGGACCCGAUCAAUUGCCCCGCGAUUCAAUCUGCCACUCUCCUCACUCUUGUAACGGCUCUCUUGGACCAUCCCGCCAACACGCGCACAUUUGAGGAGCUCGAUGGAUUGCUUACCGUGACGUCUCUCUUCAAACAGCGUGCAACUUCCCGCGAAGUCAAGCUCAAGCUUGUCGAGUUCCUCUACUUCUACUUAAUGCCGGAAACACCAAUGAUCCCGACAGGAGCAGGUGCUAGUGCAUCCAGCAUAGCGGUUAAUGGACUGCAGCGCAGUCCAAGCAAGCUAGGUAGCCCAAGGCCACGAAGUGCUCAUGGUUCAGGAGCUCACCAUGGCGGGAGGGGAAGUCGAGAUAUGCGCACGACGGAUGAGAAGCAGGCGCUGCUCGGAAGGUACCUCAACAAUGUGGAGGAUCUAGUUGAGGAUCUAAAAGAAACGGCACCUUUUGGGGCUACGGUUUAUUAGCAUGGGCGGUGAUUUGCUUGAUUUGCGACUUUUCUUGUCUUUUCUAUUUCACAUUGAGCAAUGGAGCGUGCAUGGAAUGGUAUUAUUGGCUGGCUUUUUUGCGUUUUGCAUAAUUCCUCUGUGGAAUAUCCUUUCUUUUUUUCUUCUUUUGUUUUCUUUCGUUCUUUCUGUCUUUCUUUUUCUCGCCUUAUUCCCAUCCCUCCUUCCACUCUAUCCCCAUCCUUUUCUAUCAGUCUCUGUCUAUGUCUCCGCGGUUUAGCAUUCUCACCCCGUCUGGUACGGCGUGUGGAUCGAGAACGUGGAGUCAAUUUUCUUCCUCUACACUUUCCUAUCAUGUCUUUCCUUCUUUUGCACUACGACUUAUGGGUCAUUUUGAUGCAUCAUGUGUCAUGUUUCUGUGCGGACUUUAAGAGCAAUGACUACCUUUGAAUGAUCAUAUAAAGUUGAAAUUAGACAUCA